UGACUGCAGCACUAAACUGAUCAAAGGCAGUGGCCACCUGGGUCCAGUACACUACAGGUCUACUUGUCAUGACUCCGAGGCAAACAGAAGAGUUCCCCAAAUGACACACUAAAAGUCAUCAAUAAAACUCAAAGAAACGCUCUCCAACUCCCAGCCUAUACCUGUCGGCCUCAGUGCAGAAUGUCUAAAUGGCUGAAUGAUGGUGAAGUGCUGGUGGGUCAGGGCAGUGGGGAGGCAGUACUUGUGAGCCCCCGACCCCGGGGCCUCCCGUCUGGGAGCCCCAGGCCGGGCCGGAGGGCACGCAGUCCGCUGACCUCAAGCCGGGCCAGAGAAGCGGUGCCGUUAAGCCCCCUGGCAGAGACCAUGGGCAAGGCCAAGGAGCUGUUUGUGCUGUGUGACAAGGAGGGGAAGGGGUUCAUCACGAAGCGGGAUAUGCAGAGGCUACAAGGGGAGUUGCCUCUGUCCCCUGAGCAGCUGGAGACCGUUUUUGAGAGUCUGGACCGAGAGAGCAAUGGAUUCCUCACUCCUGUUGAGUUUAAAACAGGAUUUGGUGAGUUUGUGGGGCUUGAUGAUACGACUGAGCUGAGUCCAGUCGAAACAGAAGCAGCUACAGAGCAGGUGGACUGGUCCCAGGACCCCUCUGCACUCAGACUGGUUAACAUACUGACGGAGUUGGGCGCUGACAAAGUCUUUAAAGAUCAGCAGGAGCUCUCCUUUGUGUGGUGUGAACUCCAGAGAGACAGACCGGAGCUGCUGAGCAUCCUGGAGGGCGUCCUGAUCCACGCAGUGUCCAAUCUGCAGGACUCCAUCAGAGAGAGAGACAGCCUGGAGCAAGCUCUACGCAGACGUGAGAUCGAACAUGACCAGGUUGUUCGGUCCUUAAAUGAAGAAAUGGAAAACCAAAUCAGGGAGGAGAGAGAGAAACACCUGGCUCAGGACAGUAUUGGAAAGAAGCAGAGAGGACAAGAACUUAAGGAGGAGCUGAAUAUGCGGGAGCAGGAGUUGGAGAAUACUCUGACUAAACAGAAAGAGCUGGAGACCAGAAUCCGGCAGCUGAGCUGUGAACAGGUAAACAUCAAGGAGCAGAACCAGCAGCUGCGGAGCCUCAACGUGCAGCUGCAGGAGCAGGUGGAGAGCAGCCGGGAGCAGCUGCAGCUGGCCCUGGGUCAGCUCAAUGUGAUGCAGCUCAGCUCCACACAGGACCAAGUGUCCAAGCAGAGAAACGUGAUGAAGGUGUCGAGGAACAUGCAGAAAGAGAAAGAAAGUCUUUUCAAACAGCUGGAGCUGCUGAGGGACAUGAACAAAAGGCUGCGAGAUGAGAAAGACGCCCAGCAGUCUCAGAAGAGGAAUCCAAAUGUCACAAAGCCUUUGAGGAAGCAAGGGUCAAUCAUAGGUAACUACUUACUGCAAGACAAGCCAUUGAAAAGACCGCUGAGCUCAUCCGAUGAGCCGGAGCAGGAAAAAGAGACAGAAGUGACAAAUUCAUCCAAGAGACACCAACCGUCAUGUAGAGUCGGGUGUGAAAAUGUUGAGCAGGUGCAAACUCAGAGCACAAUUGUCAGUCCUCAGCGAGUGUUCAAGGUGGUAUUCCUUGGUAACUCAGGGGUGGGUAAAAGCUCCCUCAUCCAGCACUACUGCACAGGACACUUCUAUAGUCAAAUGAGCACUACUGUAGGUAUAGAUUUCCAGAUGAAGAGCCUGUCUCUGGGCUCCAUCACCGUCACCCUGCAGCUGUGGGACACUGCAGGACAGGAGAGGUUUAGCAGCAUCACUGAGCAGUACUACCGUAAAGCUGACGGUAUCCUUGCCAUGUAUGACGUGACUCAACCCUCCACCUUCACCGCUGUGAGAGGGUGGAUGGACUCUGUGAAGGAGAAGAUGUGUGAAGGUGCGGUACUGAUGCUGCUGGGGAACAAGCUGGACCUGGCAGACACACACAGCAGAAGAGUGACGACAUCCGAGGGGCAGGGACUAGCAGAGCAGCACCAAGCUCUGUUUUACGAGUGCAGUGCUAAAAGUGGAUGUAACAUGGAGGAGCUGAUGACUCAUCUGGCUAGGACGUUGGUCUCCCAGCUUGAUCGUAAAUGUGAAGAUGCAGUUUUACUGACUCAAGACAUGACUAAAAAAGUCUGUUGUUGAUAAACGGACCACAAAAGUAAAAAAAAAAAAAGACUUCUAACUAAAACUCCCAGGUUCCCAAGUUCUGUGGUCACUUCAAGACACAAACAGUGAUAUAAUCUAUGAACAACUUUACAUUACAGUAUC